UUCCAAACCGCCAGCAUACCAAGACUAUAUACAAAGAAGUCUCCCUUCAACGGGACACAAUAUAGCAGGGAUGAGGCUCCUACGGGAACUUCGUUUAUUCCUUCUCCUGAUACUCGGUCUUGUGCCUGGGACCGUGGUGGGAACGCUUACCGGGCCGGAGUUUCUUGGAGGAUCCAUGAGCUUUGAAGCAUUUGAUGACCAAUCACAUAAUAUCCUGGUAAACGCGAAGAUAUUGACCGGCUGGCGUCUCGGUAAAGGUCAAUGUGGAUCAACAUGUGACCAUACUAGUAUAGGAACUGACAUAACUGGAAAACAUCACAACAUCCUGACAGCGAAAGGAAGCCCUACUUACUUCGGAAAUUGGCAGGUAGAAGAAAAGAUUCCAGGCCAUCUUCCUGUACCAAGGGAUGUCACACCGGAGGCAAACAGCAAUGUUACUAUCCAGGUGGUGGCUGUCAAUGACAUACUUCUAUGGGAGUUGGACAAAGCCGAAGUUACAAUAAAGAUAAACGAAGCAGCAGAAUACACGGAUUUCAUUUGA